UUCCCCGCUAUUCACUUCCGUACCAGCAGCCAGCAGGGAGCCAUGGGAAGCUGGUGGUCAAAAGAGAACUCCUCGCCUGGUAAGGACCUGAGGGUGUUUAUCCAGAACUCCUUAUGGCCCUUUGAAGACUGUUGGAUACAGAUCGAGCAUGCCGUGAACACCAUCUGUGACGUCCUGCAGAACCCCCAGGAGUUCCCUCUGGUGCAGGAGGUGGCCAAAGGUGGCUCCUACGGCCGGGGUACCGUCCUCAGAGGCAAGUCCGAUGGUACCCUCGUCGUCCUUCUCAGUGGCUUCAAACAAUCUGGGGAUGAGAAGAUAAGCCAACGUGAAAUAAUCCUUGAUAAAAUCUGGAAGCGAGUAGAAGACUUGAAGCACUCAAUGGCACUGGAAUACAACUUGCAGACCCAGCGCUCCCAAGGCCGGCUCAUACUCCAGCUGUCCACAAAGUGGCAAAGCAUCAUCUUUGAGGUGCUGCCUGCCUUCAACACCCUGGGCUUUAGUACGAAGCCCAGCCCCCAGAUCUAUCGAGAACUCAAAAAAUUCUCGCAUUCAACAGCAGCCUACCCUGGUGAGUUCUUAGUCUGCUUCACGAAGCUCCAGCAGAAGUUUUUUAACAACUGUCCCAGAAAUCUGAAGGAUUUGAUCCUCUUGGUAAAGUACUGGUAUCAAAAGUGCGUAAAAGAGAUGGACAAGUCAUCCCAGCUGCCCCAAUAUGCUCUGGAGCUGCUUACAGUUUAUGCCUGGGAACAGGGGUGUGGACAAGACCAAUUUGAUAUAGCUGAAGGCAUCAGAACUGUUCUGGGGCUGAUCAAGCAGUACGAGCAUCUGUGUGUCUACUGGACAGUCUACUACAACUUUGAGGAUGUGACUGUCAGGAAAAUUCUGCAUUCUCAGCUCUGGGCACAGAGGCCAGUAAUCUUGGAUCCAACUAACCCAAAGAAUAAUGUAAGCCAAGAUAAAAAUGAAUGCUGGGCACAGCUAAACCUAAAAGCUCACGAAUGGUUAUCUUCUCUCUGCCUGGAUGAUAAGUCACCUGGACCAUCCUGGAAUAUUCUGCCAACAACACUCUAUGCGACUCCAGGCCAUCGUCUAGAUAAGUUCAUCCAUAAGUUUCUCCAGCCCAGCCAAAAUUUCCUUGAUCAGACCAGCAAAGCUAUUGACAUCAUCUGUAAAUUCCUUAGAGAAAAGUGCUUUCAACGGUCCGAAGACCAGAAGAUCAAGAUUCAGGAUAUCAUCAGGGGGGGGUCAACCGCCAAAGGCACAGCUCUGAAGAGUGGCUCUGAUGCCGACCUCAUCGUGUUACCUGAAUCGCUUAAAAGCUUUCCCUCCCAAAAACACAACCGAUUCAGAAUUAUCAAGGAAAUCCAUAAGGAGCUGGAAGCCUGUCAGCAGGAGAAGAAAUUUAAAGUGAAGUUUGAGAUUUCCAAACAGAAGGCUCCCGGGGUGCUCAGCUUCUCUCUGAAAUCCAUAGAGUUCGACGCAGAGCUGGAGGAAAGGGUCAAGUUUGAUGUGCUGUUCGCCUUCAAUGUACUAGGUCAAUGGGACUCUGUCUCCCCGCCUAGCCCCAGCGUCUAUGCUGAGCUCAUCCAACUGUAUGAAUCCUCAGACUACGUGGAGGGAGAAUUUUCAUCCUGUUUCACAGGGCUGCAGCGGGAUUUCAUUAUCUCCCGUCCCACCAAGCUGAAGAGCUUAAUUUGCCUGGUGAAGCACUGGUACAAACAGUGUGAAAGAAAACUGAAGGGAAAAGGAUCUCUGCCCCCAAAGUAUGCCUUGGAGCUGCUGACCGUUUACGCCUGGGAGAAAGGGAGUGAGGCCCCGGAUUUUCACACCGCUGAGGGGUUCCAGGCAGUCCUGGAGCUGGUCACAAAAUAUCGGCAGCUCUGUGUCUUCUGGCUGGUCAACUACAACUUUGAAGAUGUGACUGUGGGGAAGUUCCUACUGGCCCAGAUCCAGAAAACCAGGCCUGUAAUCUUGGACCCAGCUGAACCUACUGGUGACGUGGGUGGAGGAGAUCGCUGGUGUUGGCAUCUUCUAGCCCAAGAAGCUAAAGCAUGGUUGUUGUCAUCUCUUUGCUUCAAAGAUGGACGUAGAUGUCCGGUAAACUCGUGGGAUGUUCCGACAUCGCAGACGUUGGAAAGUUAUGGAGCCAAGCUACAUCAUGAUCUCGCUGAGAUGCUCUCAUCUGGUAGUUAGAGAAUCCUGGAAUAACAAUGCUAGAAGGAACUUCUAGAAGCCAUCUGGCAAUUGCUUGUAAAGAAUCUGUUCGCCGUGCAAAAGUGUAACCCUGAUCCAUUACCCCUUUCCAGUCCAUAUUACUCCUCCAUCGCUUCUUUGACUCCUCUUGAAAUCAAAACUUUAAUGCCCUUCAUUAAGUCUUACCCUUGCUGCACCCUCACUCUGCUAUUGAUCUACUUCAUUCAAAACACCUGCUCUUAUCCAGCUUUAUGGGCUCUGUAUUUCUGUCAACCUUUCAGCGUUUUUCUGAUAAGUUUCUCCCUUUUCCUUCAACUCUUAGAAGAGGAAUCUCUCCGUAUCUCCAAAGUGAAGUCCUUUGCUUGCACCUUCAGUCCUAUAACUCCAUGGUCUUGCUCUCAGAAUCCCCUGCCUUGUCCAGCUCAGUCUCUUUCCCUCCAAACACACAAUCCUUGGCAAUGUGUAGGUCUCCUUCUAAGUAACUAGCCAGCCAACCCCUUCCUUAGAUUAGACCCUCGAACUCUCCAAAGGCCUGAAUUAUAAUGGUUGCCUUAUUGCCUGUUCAUCCUUUUCCUUCUGAGCCUCGCUUUG